AUGCCCUCCAACUCCUUCAACCCCUCCAAAGACAUCCCCUCCCUCGCUGGCAAAGUCAUCCUCAUCACCGGCGGCAACGCCGGCCUAGGGAAAGAAUCCGCCCUCCAACUCGCACACCAUGAUCCUUCAGAAAUCUGGAUCGCCUCACGCAACCUCUCCAAGGCCCAAGCCGCCAUCGCAGAGAUCCGCACCAUCAUCCCUGAUGCCCGACUCAAAGCCCUCCAGCUCGACCUGGCAUCGCUAGAGUCCGUGAAAUCCGCCGCGGACGAGUUCCUAAGGCAAACCUCGAGGCUGGACAUCCUCUUCCUGAACGCAGGCAUCAUGUCGUGUCCACCGGGCCUCUCGCAAGAAGGCUACGAGAUCCAAUUCGGCACCAACCACCUCGGCCACGCCGCGCUCGUGAAACUCCUCCUCCCACACUUGGAAGCCACGGCCACAGCUACGGCCCCUGCUUCCGACGUCCGCGUCAUAAGCGUCAGCUCCAUGGCGCACAAAUACGUCCCGUCCGGCGGGAUCGACUUUGCAAGUCUCCAGACCACCGCGGAGAAGCACCCUACGAACGACCGGUACGGCCAGUCGAAACUCGCCAACAUCCUCUACGCGCGCGAACUCGCCAAGCGUCAUCCUCGCGUGACCUCCGUGUCUGUCCAUCCUGGCAUCGUCAAGACGGACCUGCAUGCGGACAUUGCAGGGAAUUUCGUUGUGAGGGCGUUCUCGAAAUGUGUCGUGCCUCUGAUCGGGUUGGAUGUUGAGCAGGGCGCGAGGAAUCAGUUGUGGGCUGCGACGGCCAAGAAGGGCGUGGAGAGCGGGGAGUACUAUACGCCUGUGGGUGUCAAGGGCGGUGAUAGUGCGUUUUCGAGGGAUCAGGGGUUGGCGGGGAGGUUGUGGGAGUGGACGCAGACAGAGCUGGCGAAGCAUGGAAUUUGA